AUGGAGCCACCGGAGCAACAUCGCCAUCACCACCAUACAAACUUCUGGUUCAUCAAACUCUUAUCCCUACAAUCAGACUUCCUAUCCGAUUGUCUUCUCUCUCUCUUAUCCCCUUUCCUUUCUAUCUUCUCCCUCGCCUCCACCUUCCGCCGCAUCGACUCCACCAAAGAACCCAUCGACGCCCCAUCCAGCCCUGUGCAAGGAAGCAUUAUCCUUUUGAAAAAAGCACUGUUAGGUUUUCUCGGAGCUGCUUACGUCUGCUGGGUUCUAAUUACAGUGAUGGUGGUAUCGGUAGUUGUGGGGGUGGCUCUGGUUAACUUAUGGGUGGAAGAACCUGUUUACAUCAAAGAGAACUUGUACUUCGACUACACAGACGUUCAUCCUUAUGCAAUUUUGGAUCUCGGGUUUGAUGCACCUGGUAAAACAGUAAAGAAUAUACCCGUUGGUCACUUCUGUAACGUCCGUUUGACUUUCGUGAUGCCGGAAUCGGAUUAUAAUCGAGAAAUCGGAAAUUUUCAGGUAGUUGCAGAGGCGUUGACGAUGACCGGAGAAGUCAUAACAACCGCAAGCCGGCCGUGCAUGCUACGGUUUCGAAGUCGACCACUUCGGCUGAUGCAAACAUUCUUAAUGGGAGUUCCAUUAUUGUUAGGGAUCACACACGAAGUCCAAACAGUAAAUCUACAGCUUCUAAGAUACAAGGAACACUACUACCCACGAACACGAUCCAUGAGACUUUCUUUAAUCCCUAGGGCAGGAACACCCUUCCUUCCGCAGCUAUACGAAGCAAAAGUAAUCGUGACCUCGGAGCUACCAUGGAAGAAAGAAUUGGUUCGAAAAUGGAAAUGGACGUUUUACGUAUGGACAUCUUUAUAUGUUUACCUUAUGCUUCUUGUAGUUCUGAUUUGUGGGUUUAGAUCGAUUAUGUUCCCCGCCAUGGCCAUGACGGUGGUUUCUGGGGAAGAAAGACCGGCGCUUUCUGAUGUUCCUGCGGAGGAGAUGGUGGGUGGGAAAGAUGGGCCGACUUCGGAGACGCUUAGACGAUGGAGACAAAGUAGAAGCAAGAGGAAGGCUAUGCUUUUGGGCGAAUCGGAUGCAACAAGUAUGAGUGUAACGAGGGAUGAGGAUACUAGCGUUACUACCGAAGAGGUUGGGGACUCGGAGUCGGUUUGUCACUGA